UAGUGGAAAACAGAUUUUUGGAGGAGUCGCACAGGAAUGAACUCCCUCUCAAGCCUUGUGCAUCUCAUACUUUGACAAGUGGACCGUCGGUUGAAGCUGCGGACAAUUUUUUUGAAUCAUUCCCACACGACUGCGCAACUUCCUUCACUUUUCACCUCUUUAAAUUAAACACCGUACUUUUCUAAGAUGACCUGGACCGCGAACAGUCGCUUUGUCACCCUGGCCAUCCUGUUUCUUUGGCGAGUGGAAGAAAUAGCAGAAGCCUGCAGCUGCUCCCCAGUGCAUCCUCAGCAGGCAUUUUGCAACUCAGACGUCGUUAUCAGGGCAAAGUUAGUUGGAGCACAGGAGGUUGACGUUGGCAAUGACAUCUAUGGAAACCCCAUCAAGCGGAUCAAGUAUGACAUCAAACAAAUCAAGAUGUUCAAAGGUCCCACCCAGGAUGUUGAUGCCAUCUACACUGCUCCCUCCUCUGCAGUGUGUGGAGUGACUCUGGAGACUAAUGGCAAGGAGUAUCUUAUCACAGGCAAACUGGAGUCUGACGGGACAGUGCACAUCACACUGUGUGACUUCAUUGAGUCCUGGGAGGCCACGAGUGCCACACAGAAGAAGAGCCUGACUCAGCGCUAUGAAAUGGGAUGUGAUUGCAAGAUCACUCGCUGCAUCUCCAUCCCCUGCAUGAUCAGCGGACCGGCGGAGUGCCUUUGGACGGACUGGGUGAUCGAGAAGACAGUCAACGGAGAGCAGGCCAAACACUUUGCUUGUAUCAAGAGGAGUGAUGACUCUUGUGCCUGGUACAGAGGGGCGGCGCAGCCCAAAAAGGAUUUCCUGGACAUCGAAGACCCUUAACUCCAGCACUGUCCAAGAGUCUGAGGAUAUCUGCAGCUGAGAUAUACUAAGAUAUAUAAAAAACGAAAACACAAGUCAAGUCAAAUUCUUAUUUAGGUAUUUUUUUUUAUUAAGAAAGCUAGAAGGUGUUGUGCUCUGUGGUGAGGUUGAACAAAGUGAUUUUAAAAAAAGUUUUUAUUUGCAGGACUCAUUAUGUUUUUUAAUCAACAGUCUUGUGAAUUCAGCACUUUCAUACACUUCUGCCCCCAAAUUCAAAGCACUUCCUCAUAAACCACUUUCUCCCUCAGCUGAAAUAAAGGGAUGAUCAUCACAAUUCAGUAUUACUGUUCAUAGCAUAUUUGUUCUUGCGCUAUUCAUUUCUGAUUUACUUUGGGGUGUUUUUUGUUUUUUAACCAAAGGUAUUGUUUAGAGUGAACUAUAGUUCUAUAAUGCAGCACAUACACACCUAUAACUCAAAGUGUAACAAUUCUGUGAAUCUUUGCGUUCAUAAAUAACAUUAGGUGGCAUCCUGAUUUGUGACAGCAGAGCUAUCACAAGGAAGGAGAGCCAUCUCUUGCCUGUCCUGCUUCAGAUUCUUUCUAUUUUUUGCCAAGUAUGCAAAACUUUCCCCCUCUGUUAUUUUUAAAGGUGUGGCGAACCUGUUUGGAGUGAGCGCAUAGUUUUCUUUUAAAUAGUCCUAAAUAGAAAAGAAUGCACUUUGAACACAGUUGUCAGAGCAGUCAUAUUGUCUCUAAUGAAAAAUGUCUGAAAAAGAGGAUUGAAUCCUCCAUUUUGUAGUUUUUUUUAUUACAACUCUUCUCUUUGUAAUGCUUUAGUGUAAGAACGUAUUUUAUUUAAGGAGGUUAUAUGAUUCAUCAUCUAUUGAAAAACAAAUGCCCACAUUUUCUAAGAAAUUACACCAUUGGUAUUGUAGAAAGAGAAGACCAAAUAUUGUAACAGUAUUAGCAAGAUACACAUUUUUAAGGUCAAAUUAGAGGCCUAAAGUUAACUGUCUGAUAGGCUUGUCUUUUGGGACAGUGAUUUAAAGAACAUUUUGUAACCAGUCACCCAUUUACAUGCAGAGCCUUUGACAUGGCCGUAAAAGUAUUGAGCAAAUGUCUUGUGACUUAAAUAACUAACAUGAGAGUGUAAAAAGAUUUGCCAUUUGCAAAUGUAGUCAAGUUAAGUGUGAUGUCUUGUGCUGGUUUCACAUGAGACGUUUGAGAUGAAUUUUGCAUGCAUAUGUCCAACUGAAACAAUACUGUACAUUUGACUAUUAUAUUAAAUGCCAAACCGUGUUUUGACAA